AUGCCGUGCGAGGGUUGUGGAAUGUUAGAGGCCGGCCUGCAGUGCCCAACAUGUAAAAAGUUGGAACUCCCCCCGAGUUUCUUCUGCACGCAGGAGUGCUUUAAACAACACUGGAGUGAACAUAAGGCCAAACACACACAAACCGCACAGGCGACUAUUCCAACAAUGACAACAGCGGCGAUGAAUGCAUUUAACUUCACAGGGCCACUGCGGCCGGGAAAAAUAACUCCACGAAGAAGUGUACCCGCGCAUAUUCCUCGUCCAGACUACGCUGAUCGUCCUGAUGGUGUUUCUCCUUCAGAGGAAAAAGAUCGGGGAAAUAAAGUAAAGGUGUACAAUUUGCAAUCUCUACAUGAUGAUAGCAAGACAACAUCAGAGAUUCAACGUGUAAAGAAUGUCUGUCGACUCUCUCGUGAGGUUCUUGAUAUCGCAACAGCAGCAGCUCGUCCUGGUGUUACCACAGAUGAAAUUGAUCGAAUCGUUCAUGAAGCCACUAUUGAGCGUAGUAUGUAUCCAUCACCGCUUAAUUAUUAUAACUUUCCAAAAUCUGUUUGUACUUCUGUAAAUGAGAUUAUUUGUCAUGGUAUUCCAGAUUCACGGGAAUUAAUGGAAGGUGAUAUUUUAAACAUUGAUGUUUCUAGUUAUCUUAAUGGAUUUCAUGGAGACUUAAAUGAAACUAUAUUUGUGGGAAAACCAGAUGCUGAUAGUGUACGCUUAGUACAUGCUGCAUAUGAAUGUCUAUGCGCUGGAAUAGAUGUGGUGAAGCCGGAAGCACUUUAUAAACAAAUAGGUGAUGCGAUUGAGAAGUGUGCCUCUCAAUAUAACUGUUCUGUUGUUCGCACCUACACAGGACACGGCGUAGGUCAUCUUUUCCACACUGCCCCGACAGUGUGUCACUACGCUAAUAAUAAAAGUCUUGGGAUGAUGCGUCCUGGACAUGUGUUUACAAUUGAGCCAAUGAUCAACUUGGGGACUUGGCAGGAUGUGACGUGGCCGGACAAUUGGACGAGUUCCACACGAGAUGGAAAGCGAAGUGCACAGUUUGAACACACAAUGGUGGUGACGAAUGGGGGAGUGGAGAUCUUAACAGACUGGGUCGAUGGCGUCCCAACGUAUCAGAAACAACUGGAGCAGAUGGGAAUUCCACUUCCUGUACCCAAUAAUGAGGCGUAG